AUGUAUCCAGGUCACACCGUCGAGACCAUUCAUGAUGCAGUAUCCGACCUACGUAUUACUUAUCCGAGUGCUGGGGCAUGCGAAAUGGUAAGCUUGCUAUUUUAUGAAAGGGAAAUGAGUGUGGCCAGGAGGGUUGUAAUGGAAUACUUUGCUCUGUAUGAGCCAGAACUCGUCCGCCAGCGUAAGGUCUGUCGCCUUAGAAGGAGACACUUCUGGGCUGCAGGGGUGAAUGACCUUUUUGCAGUGGAUCAGCAUGAUAAGUGGCUCAAGUUCGGUCUUGGGUUGCACACUGGCAUCGAGCCUUUCUCUGGUCGGAUCAUUUACUAUCUUAACACGCUUGAGGCACUCGGCCAUAAGUAUUUCUCAUAUAUGCCAAUGGUGACUCAAAGCAAUCCAGGAUCAGAAAAUUAUGGGAUUGCAAAUGCUCAUAUGAUGCUGCGACAGUGGCACGAUCCAUCUUUGCACAGCACCCUCCAGCAUCGCUGGAUGCGAAGCAAAAAAAAUGUCAUGCCAGAAAUUGCAUGUCUUCUAGAGCAUGGUGUCAAUUCUGGCUGGUAUGAUUCUAAUAAUAUUCUUCAAGUGUGCACUACUUUUUUAUGCUUGGUCUGA